AGAUAAGUGAGAUUGUCUUUAACCCUGCCUGUGUCUAUAAAUUCUAGAUCACGCAUUAUACCAGGAAACAUGCAAAAGCACAAUAAUCUAAAGAGCAUCAAAAUCAGUAGCAAAGUAGGCUUUUAAUUAUUUGCUCUAAAGGGACUCUUUCUUAGUAAGGAUGAAUCAUGGUAUUGUGUGGUUCAUGGUGGUAGCUAGUUUUAGGGUUGUAGACCAUCAUGGCUGUAAUGGACAACAGAUCAGUCCUAGUCCUCUUCCUCUUUCUCUUAAUUAUCUUCCUCCUCCUUAUCCUCCACCUGCUAUGAUACAAUUUCCACCGCCUCCGUCUGAUCUAAUACAAUCUCCGCCGUCUUUAUCUAGUGUAACACUGUUUAGACCACCACCGCCUACUUUUCUUGAUGAUCCUGAUCCAUACAACUACUAUGAUAAUGAUGAUCACGAUUCCAAGUCCGAUAUCGAUAUUGUGAUCGUUGUUCUGGUGGCGGCCAUACUUAUUGUUCUCAUCAUCGCCCUUGUCGUCAUGGAAAGGAAAUAUGGAAGCGUUUCAUCGAGCCUCAGUCAUCUUUAUAAACUCCUCGAAAGCAUUUCUACGAGCCUCGGCGAAAUUUCAACGAGCCUCGGUGGCAUUUUAAAAGGCGUCGGCAACAUUUCUUCAGGCGUCGACAAAGUUUCUAAGCCCCUUGAAAAGUUUUCUGAAGACUUCGGAAAAAUUGCCAAGCCCCUUGCGGAGAUUUCUAAGCGCCUCGGGGAGUUAGAGUGCAAAGUGUCUGUAUCAGUAGAGCCAUGUCGUUGUGGUAAUCCUACCUGCAAUUGUGGUUCUACCUGUCAUUGUGGUUCCCAUAGUCCAUGUCGUUGCUAGUACUUGUCUAUAUCUCUAUGGCCAUGGCGUUGUAGCUGUUCUACCUCUGGUUGUUCUUCUAUUCGUAGUCCAUCUCAUUAUGGUCCAUGUCGUUGCUAGUAUAAGUGUAUACAUGUAGUGCUAUGUCGUCAUAGUUGUUCUAUUUAUAGUCCAUGUUGUUGUAAUGGUUUUAUCUCUAAUCCAUAUUGUUGAUAGUACUUUUCUAUACCUGUAGUGCUAUGUCAUUGUAGUUGUUCUAAGUUUAUAAUUGUGGUUCUAUUCCUAGUUCAUGUUCUUGCUAGAACUCUACCUGUAAUUGUGGUUCCCAUAGUCCAUAUGUGUAUACAUGUGGUCGAUAUUGUUGGUACUACUUUGCUAUACCUGCAUUGAUAUGCUAUUGUAGUUGUUCUAAGUUUAUAAUUGUUGUUUUAUUUGUAGUUCAUGCUGUUGCUAGUACUUGUAUAUGCGUCACAUAUUAUUUUAGUUGUUCUACCUAUAGCUCAUGGUGUUGUAGUGGUUCUACCUAUAAUCAAUGCCAUUGCUAGUGCUAGGCUAUCUUUGUAGUGC